GAUUACAACGAUUUUUUGUUUUGCUCGAAACAAUACAAAUUUCAAGUUUUAAACACCCGACCGCAUUCCGAUUUGGGUAAUCUACAAAUUUUCUGUGAAUAAGAGUAGUUAAUUGUGUUUUACGGUUGUGUUCUGUAAAAGCAUAUCGUGUUUAUGUGUUAAGUUAAUUGCUUGUUUUCAAUAGUUGUGCAAGAAGAAUAAAACAAGUGCAACUCUAAUCCAAAAAGCAUAAAAGGCAUCGGGAGCGUGUUUUUAUGCAACGCUUGUUGGUGUGUGUGUGUAACGUAGUUGUUCUACAAUUUACUGUGAGUGUGUGUAAUAGGUACCAGUUUUGUCAGUGUUAAAAUUGUGCUAACGAUAGAAAGAAUCGUUCACGUACCGUCGAAAACACCGGAAUACGGAAUCGUAUAACCACCAAGUGCACGGUUUUGCGGAAAUCAAAACAUGGCAUUAGAGGAGACCCAAAACAAUGGGUCCGCCGUGGCGGUUGCACCCAAGGAAAAUGUUCCACCACCACUCAAGCAACAGCCAAUGCCGCAAGGUCAAGCGCAGGUACAACCGUCGACAUCGAAUGAAAAGCUGAACAAUAUCGUCAACGGUGGUGGCGCCACGAUGGAAAAGUCACGAUCCAACAACAAACAGAAUGACACAAACACAGCGUUCCUGCGGGCAGCUAGGGCAGGAGAUCUUCAGAAGCUGAUAGAGUACCUCGAAACCGGUCAGGUGACCGACAUCAACACGUGCAAUACGAACGGUCUCAACGCACUGCAUCUUGCGGCAAAAGAUGGUCACUACGAUAUCGUACAUGAACUGCUGAAACGCGGUGCCCUCGUCGAUAAUGCCACUAAGAAAGGUAAUACAGCGCUGCACAUCGCUUCGUUAGCCGGUCAAAAGGAGAUCAUUCAGCUACUCCUGCAGUAUAACGCAUCGGUUAACGUGCAGUCUCAGAAUGGAUUCACACCACUCUACAUGGCCGCACAAGAGAACCAUGAUGAGUGUGUAAAUUAUUUGCUUGCCAAGGGUGCUAAUCCAGCGUUGGCUACUGAGGACGGCUUUACGCCUUUGGCAGUGGCGAUGCAGCAAGGUCACGACAAAGUAGUAGCCGUAUUGCUUGAAAGUGAUACGCGCGGAAAGGUUCGAUUACCAGCACUUCAUAUAGCUGCCAAGAAGGAUGAUGUGAAAGCGGCAAAACUCUUGCUAGAGAAUGAACACAAUCCGGAUGUAUCGUCAAAGAGUGGCUUCACUCCGCUUCACAUUGCUGCCCAUUAUGGAAAUGUAAACGUCGCUCAACUACUGAUUGAGAAAGGUGCCGACGUAAACUUUACUGCAAAGCACAACAUCACACCGCUACAUGUAGCAUGCAAAUGGGGAAAACUGAACAUGGUGAAGCUGUUGAUCGCAAAUCAUGGUCGUAUUGACAGUAUCACUCGAGAUGGGCUUACCCCGCUACACUGUGCCGCCCGCUCAGGCCACGAUCAAGUAAUAGAAGUAUUGUUAGAACAUGGUGCGGAAAUCAUAUCCAAGACCAAAAACGGACUUGCCCCGCUACACAUGGCGGCUCAGGGUGAACACGUUAGCGCAGCUCGCAUUUUACUAAUGAACAAAUCGCCAGUUGAUGACAUUACGAUCGACUAUCUGACUGCGCUGCACGUUGCCGCCCACUGUGGACACGUAAAGGUAGCAAAGCUGCUGCUUGAUCGAAAUGCCGAUCCAAAUGCACGGGCCCUGAACGGCUUUACACCGUUGCACAUUGCCUGCAAGAAGAAUCGAAUUAAGGUAGUGGAGCUUCUGCUAAACCAUGGUGCCACAAUUGGAGCUACUACGGAGAGCGGUCUAACGCCGUUGCAUGUGGCUAGCUUUAUGGGUUGUAUGAACAUUGUCAUAUAUCUUCUGCAGCACGAUGCCAGUCCGGACAUUCCGACUGUGCGAGGCGAAACUCCGCUUCAUCUAGCAGCACGUGCUAAGCAGACAGAUAUAAUUCGUAUUCUUCUGCGAAACGGAGCAUACGUAAAUGCGCAGGCACGUGAAGAUCAAACACCGCUACACGUCGCAUCGCGCAUCGGUAAUAUGGAAAUUGUGAUGCUACUUUUGCAACACGGUGCAAAGAUUGAUGCCGUCACGAAAGAUAACUACACUCCGCUACACAUAGCGGCAAAGGAGGGCCAAGAUGAGGUGGCAUCACUGUUAUUGGACAACGAAGCUAACGUAGAAGCGGUCACUAAAAAAGGUUUCACACCUUUGCAUUUGGCCGCCAAGUAUGGCAAUCUAAAGUGCGCUGAGUUGCUUCUGGAACGGGGUGCCCAGGUAGACGUACAGGGUAAGAACGGUGUGACCCCACUACACGUUGCUAGUCACUACGAUCACCAAAAAGUAGCGCUUCUGCUCCUUGAGAAGGGUGCAUCGCCGUACUCGCCAGCAAAGAAUGGCCAUACGCCGCUGCACAUUGCGUCAAAGAAGAAUCAACUAAAUAUCGCAACAACGCUGCUAGAAUACAAGGCGGAUGCUAACGCCGAAAGCAAAACCGGCUUCACGCCCCUUCAUUUAUCAGCCCAGGAAGGUCACGGUGAUAUGGCCCGUACGCUUUUGAAUAGUGGUGCAGAUCCUAACCAUGCCGCAAAGAACGGUUUGACACCGUUACAUCUGUGCGCACAAGAAGACAAUGUAGGAAUCGCAGAAACCCUACUGGAACACAAGGCUCGCAUUGAUCCGGUGACAAAGACAGGCUUCACUCCGCUUCACGUAGCCGCCCAUUUUGGCCAAGCUGGAAUGGUGAAGUAUUUGAUCGAAAAUGACGCAAACAUCGAGAUGAAGACCAAUAUUGGACACACGCCGCUGCAUCAGGCCGCUCAGCAGGGACACACGCUCAUCAUCAACAUUUUGCUGAAGAACAAAGCUAAUCCGGAAGCCGUAACUAACGGUGGCCAGACGGCACUGUCGAUCGCAGAUAAACUGGGAUAUAUUACGGUGGUGGAGACGCUGAAGGUAGUCACUGAAACUAGCGUCACACAGACGGUCGAUGAAAAGUUCAAAAUCGUUGGACCAGAAACCAUCCACGAGACGUUCCUGUCGGAUUCUGAAGAUGAGGGGCCCGAAGGAGGCACACCACCCCCACCUAGUGCUAUGAAAGCCCUAAUGCAAGCGCAGCAAUUGUAUGGCGGUAGUGGUGCUAUCAAGUACUAUCAAUCGCAAAUGCGUUACACACGUGAAGAUCCAAUCAUGUCCGACCAGCAACAGUAUAACUACAUGACAAGCGACGAAAACAAACAGUUCGACGAUACCAAUCUUACAAAUAUGAGCAUCGAUCCAUUGAAGGAUGAUAAAUAUCUGGAAAAGAUUAUUUCGCGUGCGGAGAACUACACCGUCUCGGCUGUAGAUCGGUCCCAUACACCUAAUCCACUUGACAUCACCGUGACCGAUAAUGUCAACAUCACCCGCAAGCCGAUUCACGUUGGGUCGCUAAGCAACGAUGCACUGUCGUUGACAAUCGAUCGAUUGGCCAACAUUUAUUGUGGUGAUCAGAAAAAGUUUGUCCCGAUGUGUAGGGAAAGAUUUCUGGUGUCAUUCCUGGUUGAUGCUCGCGGAGGCGCCAUGCGUGGUUGCCGUCACAGUGGUGUUCGUGUGAUCGUACCACCGCGAUCUGCCGCACAGCCUACAAGAAUUACCUGUCGAUAUGUGAAACCUCAGCGCAUCACCAAUGGUCCGCCCUUGAUGGAAGGAGAGGCUCUGAUAAGCCGUAUCCUCGAACUAGCUCCUGUUGGCGCCAAAUUCCUGGGUCCCGUCAUUCUCGAGGUGCCACAUUUUGCUUCACUGCGCGACAAGGAACGUGAAAUUAUUAUCCUGCGUUCCGAUAAUGGAGAAACUUGGCGCGAACAUACACUCUAUGAUAGUGAAGAAGCCAUUCACGAAGUCCUGAACGAAACAUUCAAGGGUGACACACUGAACUUGCUAGAGGAUCUGCACACGAAUAGGAUUACACGUAUCGUGACCAAUGAUUUCCCACACUACUUUGCGAUUGUGUCGCGUAUUCGUCAGGAGGUUCAUGCCAUCGGACCGGAAGGUGGUACUGUGUCAGCUACGGCUGUGCCACAAGUACAAGCCAUUUUCCCGCAGAACGCGCUCACGAAGAAAAUCCGAGUCGGCCUGCAGGCCCAACCGAUUGACAUGAAUACUACGGCUAACUUGUUAGGUCGUAGUGUAGCGGUUUCGCCAGUAGUGACAGUGGAACCACGUCGGCGCAAGUUCCACAAGGCAAUUACGCUCAGUAUGCCCGCACCGAAGGCUUACAAUUCGGGUAUGAUCAACCAGUAUUCGGGCAACGCUCCUACGUUGCGUUUGCUUUGUUCGAUCACCGGCGGUCAGAACAAGGCUGUAUGGGAAGAUGUGACCGGUUCAACGCCGCUUACGUUCGUGAACGAUUGUGUGUCUUUUACGACGACAGUGUCAGCCCGCUUCUGGUUGAUGGAUUGUCGUAACAUUGGGGAAGCAACGAAGAUGGCCACAGAGCUGUACUCACAGAUGGCACACGUACCUUUCAUGGUGAAGUUUGUCGUUUUUGCGAAGCGUGUAGAUCAAAGCGAAGCCAAAUUAAGCGUUUUCUGUAUGACGGAUGACAAGGAGGACAAAACGCUCGAGCAUCAGGAACACUUCACGGAGAUCGCUAAGUCGCGAGACAUCGAGGUAUGUGAAGGACGCACAAUUUAUCUCGAAUUUGCUGGCAACAUUGUACCGGUGAUGAAAUCUGGCGAACAGCUUGCCUUGCAGUUUAAUGCAUUUAAAGAAAAUCGGCUCACGUUCACGGUUAAGAUAAAAAACAGUCUGGACGACCUGCUUGGACGCAUCUCGUUCAUGAACGAUCCCAAAGUUGCCAAGGGUGAACCGAUUCAAACCCCACUCUGCACGCUUAACUUCACACUCCCAUCGGAAAAGUUUGGUCUCGGAGGGGAUGAACUCGAGACAACCUCUGAAUUCGAUCAGAGCUCGACCGAGGUACUAAACAGCGAACAGCAGGCCAUUGUCGCAGCUGCCAACCGUGGUAAAACGCUCAACUUCACGUUCCAGAACGGAGAUGGUGCGAGCGAAAUACAUAAGGCCGAUAUAAAGAUCACAGACAUUUGCAAUCUGUUGGGAUCGGAUUGGCCACUGUUGGCAGAUGAGCUUGCGAUUGCACCGUCAGACGUGGAGUUGAUAAGAACGGAGUAUCCGAACGACGAAGCUCAGCAAGCAGUCGUAAUGUUGCGGCUGUGGUUGCGUCAGGCCGGAAGGGAUGCGACAGGUAAUGUGCUCGAGCAAGCCCUUAUCAAAAUCAAUCGGCCUGACAUCGUAAACAAAUCGAUUACGAAUUUGGAACCGGUGACAGAUGAGUACGAACGACGCGUUGCCCAAAGGCAAAUUGGUUCGAUGAACGGGCUUGAUGAAAUCGAUCCAGCAAAAGUGAAUGGCAUGACUACGGCAAGCAGCACAAUGCACGAAUCCGAACACGAGCAAACCGAAGAAAAACAAGAACACGAAGCAGUCGAAAAACACAAACAAAUGCCGGCAGACAACAGUUCGCCAACGGAUUCCGUAUCGCCAGAUACGACGGAAGCGUUCCAGCAGAUUCGCCGCGAGAGCGAAAUCCUCGGAAUAGCAGCGAUAAAAAAGGAAGAUCUUUCUACGCCACCGCCCAGUCCGGCCGAUUUCAAUACGCAAGUCAGCCAGAACAGCAGUCAGGCGAGUACUGAUGAAGGACGAAACGAUGCAGUAGCCGAGGAUGUGCAAGAAAUUAUUCAGCAAGCCAUCAAAGAUCAUGACACCCAUGACGAUGACGAGGAGGAAGCCGGUCCGGUGGCGGUGGAUACAGUUGGCAGCGAUUCGGCAGUUAGUGAUCGUGAAGAAGAUUCCGAAGGAUUUGAACUGGAUUUGGAAACGGACAAAAGUGGUAAAGUUAAGACGAUAAAGAAACAUUCAAAGGUGAACAUUAAAAUCAAUAAAACUGUCGCGCAACGUCCAACGGUCGGCGACAUCGAGUGGGAAGUGCCAGAACCGGAUGUACAACAACCUCAAGUGGAGAUUUCAUCUGUAAAUUUGGAGGACGUUUCAAACGAUCGCCGGUACAGUUUGGAUCACAUUGAUCCCGUUGCUGAGGGGCUCACGCUCGGUGCCCGUACAUAUGAAAAAUCUCUCUCGACCCCGGGCGACACCGAACAGAAGAAAUCGGAACAAAUUGUUAUCAUCUCGUCCGAUAACAACAUCUCCGAAGUGCCAGCAGACUAUUCCGGUGACAUCGACGAGUUCAUUUUCGUGCAAACAUCGCCGGAAAACUUUGCUAAAAUGGAGAAGGAGCAAGCUACGGGUGGAGUAGUGACAGAUGAAGACGAUAACAGCAACUUGGUGAUCAUCACGGAAGAACACUACGAUUAUGAAUUAACGAGCGACGAUGAUCGACGAUCGUCCAGCGUGCUGGAAGAUCCAUCUCCGCCCGAAGAAAAAGAUCUCGAAGGGUAUACAGUCGCUCAGUCGUCUUCGAACGCUGGAGCAGAUGUCCAGAAGCGCUUCAUUGUCGGUGGUAGUAGUAGUUCAGAAAGUGAAGAAGAUCCUCAACAACGGCGCCGUGAACAAUCCGGAUCGACAUCGAUCGUAAGACGCACGUUGCGAACAAAAACGAUGCCUACCGGGCUUACGAUUACCGAGGAUGAAUCGGUCGUGCUGAAGGACGACAACAGCACCAGUCCAGCGAUAACUAUCUGCCAGCCAACUCCGCCACCGGCGCAGCCACCCUCCAGCAGUACCAGCAACAAUUUCUCUAUCCGUACAGGACCGGGAUCAUCGAGCGGAUCAGACGUUGCCCUGCACGAAACGGCAGGCGAACUGAGCGAUGACGAUGAAACAGGUAAAGUCAACAUCAACCAGCAAGUGGGUGGUGUUAACCCGGAAACGGACACUGCUAUCGCUGAGGAUUCACACCCUUCGCCCACCGUUACCUCCUCGCGUGUGGCGGUAAUCGUAACCCAAGUGUCCAACGAUCUGAUCGAUGACGAAAAGCCUCCGCAGAUAGCGGAGGACAUGUUGAUCGAUCUUACUGUCCACAGUGAAGACGGUGAUGAGGAUGAAGCGAACGAAUCUGACAUCGACAAUACUGAAAUUCGUGGUGGUGGCUCUGUACUGGUUCAAAUGGGAUCGGGCCUAGCAGAAGGCAGUACAGAAAUUAAAAACUAUCUUGUUCAUAACAAUGAUCAACUGGCAGGUAUGGAGCCAAGUGAACCACCAAUCGGAACGGCUGUUCCAACAAACAAUGGAACCACCCGCACAGAGACAAAUACCAUUGUGGAUGAAUCAGAUGAUGGAACCGUACGCACUACGGUCUUCUCCACUACGAUGAGAUUUGACGUUCCGGAAGAUAUGAAAGAAGAGAUACUAAAGCAGUUACGUGAACAAGAAUUAACGGGGAACCAACAACAGCUGGGGCUACAACAGUCAGUUCAAAUGGAUCAGCUGUUGAAUAACCCCUUAAUUACGUUGGAUCCGGACACGGGUGCCGAUACAACCGCCACUUCGACCACACGAACGACAACGACCACUAAAACGAUCACACUCACACCGGAUGGUGAUUUCCCUGAGGAUGAGUUGCUGCAGAAGAUCACAACAGUUACGACACACACCUCUCAACAAAAUGCACCAGAAAUGGUAAAGGAAACGACCGUCACCGUAACGGAAAUGGUGGACGGUCGAACACUGGACGGUGUCGCCAAGGAGCUCAACAAUAAAGUGGAUGAAUUCAUGAACCAGGAGCGAAAGAAUUAAAUAAGCACGAUUAUGCGACAUCAUUCGGAAGAAUGAGAAUGAUUCAAAUUCAGUUCAGCGCGUGUGUUCACCGAAGUCAUCAUUCUCUUAAUGAUUCUAUUGAACAGUUGUGCAAACAACAGCCGAUUUGAAUGAGGUUUACUGGCGCUUACAAAUCUUUGCGCACAAAUCAAGCAUGUAUUGUGGUUGGGUGCUCGCCACCACAUCACCUUUCGGUUAACGGCAACAAGGUGAAACGCAAAGACAACGAAAGUCAUGCUAGAAAAUGUGUUGUUGAACCAUUUUGGUUUCAUUAUUGCUUUGCUGUUUCUUAGCUAACGAUUCUAAAAACCAACCACAUGCACAUGUUUGUCCCUGAACUCAACUCAACUCUUUCUACAAGAAAUAAGAGUUGUAAAAUCGCAAUCAUAUAUACACUGGUCCCGUAAUACUUUUAGCACUCUAUGCUUACGGACAUUUGUUCCAUUUGCAUCAUAUUUUUGAAACAUUGAUAACGAAGAAGCAUAAAUAAGUUUUAAUAGAAAGUAUCACACAGCAUGAAAGAAGAAAAAUUGAGGAAUCACAAACAUUACACAAGUUGUUAGCGUAAAUUAACUGCUUCCUGGAAUGAUCGAAUUCGACUGGUCGAUAUUGGCAAAAAGUGUGAAGAUUAAAUCAGAAAAACAAAUAUUAAAGGAAUUAAGCUUAUCGUACAAAAUGUCAUGCAAUAUAAGUGAGAGCCACUAUAGAAAAUGUCACUAUAUUUAGUGCAAUGCGUCGGAAAGCUGCAAACAUCAUGUAACUACAAAACUCUAGUUAGUUGUGCACACAAAGAUUCAGAACAAACCGCAACCCUCGGAAUCCUAGGUGGUUAUUCAUAUACAUAUUUAUCGUAGGCUUAAGGCACACCAGGCAGUUUCAACACAUAAUGCAAACGAGAUGUAUUAGCUUUACCCAUUGGACGGUUAGAACAUAAUUCUUGAAACGAGCGUACAGCUUGACCGACCGUAUACGCCAGAUGGAAAGCAGAACGAUAUCUAGUUGAAGAUGGAUUGGCAUUUAUUUAAGCAAACAUUCGGAUAAUUGGAACCAAUUCAAGCACUACUACUCGCGUAGCCUGAUCUGACGCCGGACUUUAGCAUCCUCUCGAUAGUUGUAGGAAAAGUUGAAAAGCUUCUCGCAGAAACUAUAUAUCGAUAAUGAUGCUAGUGCAACAAAAAAAACAUACACACACACAUUUUAUCGCUUUUGCUUAUCAUUCACGUCUGUGAAGAAGCAGAAAGAGUGCUCCCGACCAAGAGCAACAUGUUUUGGGCAAACAUUUAAUUUAAAGAAUUUGAACUAAUUGUCAGCGUGUAUUGUGAAACGUACAUUUGUAUCGGAGAUUUUUUUAUGCAAGUUUUUUUUUCGUUUUAAUAAUUAUUAUAUUUAUUAUGCGUGCAGUUUUAGGCUUAUAGUGUUGAUAAUGUAAUUGUUUUUUGCAAAUUUAGUGUUUGUAUUUUUAUUGCUACCAUCUUCGUCUAAUUCUAUUUUACCAGUGAUUUCAAAUUAGUGGAAAAAAGUGGAACGAAUCAUGUUUUCGAACUGUAGCGUUUAUUUGAUUACGUGUAAAGAUCGUAUGAAUUAAGAUUUCUGUUUCGUUGUAUUUUAUUGUGUAAUUGAUUGCAGACUUCUAAAGAAAUCACGCAAAUAGCACUCUAUACGGUGUUCUACAAUGUUUGGCAGCUAGAAAUGUGGUUCAUCGGUAUCUUGAGUGUAAUGAUUAGUUUUAAUCCGAUUAAACUAUUUAUUAAACUGCUACGAAACAAUAGAUCAAAAGUGUUGGCUUUCAACUGUUUGUUGGCUGAAUGUAAAAGUGGUCGUGUAUCGUUCUGGAUAGAAGAUUGCGCAGUGUAUGCAUGUGUAAUUUUUAAAACAAGCGGACAAGAGGAAAUCCGAAACAAGAACAAAGGAAAGUAAAAUUUAUUGAUAAUAAUGACAAAAAAAAGAAAUCAAAACAAAGAAUGAUGGAAGUACGAUACUAUAUUUUUUACUUGUGUAUAGAGUUUAUUUACAAAACGAUUGCAGUAAAUGCGUAAACACAAAAGCAAAUGAAAAAAAAAGCAUAACGGAAUAAAUCGCUGCACUUGAUUGAUCGAGCGAUCAAACGCAAUGUUGUGUGCUAAGUAGCCAGUAACCGCAACCCUUUCUCUAGCUAUGCACGAUGAGAAGAAUAUGUACCCCUGUCACACAUAAGGCAAUGAGCGGAGAAGCAUUUCGAAAGUGUACAAUGGGUAUCGAUCGAUUGUUUUAUGCUAUAGGAUGCUCACGGCAUCCAUUCUUGUAUUUCAAAAUAUCAUUUCAACGCAGCAAAUACAAAACAAAUAACUUUGUGACCUAAACACACGAACUCAUGGUUAAGAAAUAUAUUCAAUCGAUCACAGUCUUAGAUCACGUACAAA